AGAGUGUCGAACUUUGACGGAGUUUAACGCCAUGCUCCGUGCAAUUUCGUUUCGCCACGUUUCACGUGUGCUCGUAGGUCGUACACUGUCAAGUUCGGCUGUCUUCAACUCACAACUGUCCCCCGAGCAAGUGUUUGCCCGUGAAGACAAAUAUGGUGCCCAUAACUACCAUCCUUUACCUGUGGCCUUGGCUAAAGCAAAGGGAGUUUACGUUUGGGAUGUUACAGGAAAAAAAUACUUUGACUUUUUAGCCGCGUACUCGGCCGUCAAUCAAGGACACUCGCACCCAAAGAUCAUAGAAGCGCUCAAAACACAAGUUGAUACWCUGGCUCUAACAUCAAGAGCUUUCUACAACAAUGUCCUAGGAGAGUACGAAGAAUUUGUGACUAAGUUAUUUGGUUAUGAYAAAGUUCUUCCCAUGAAUACUGGAGUAGAAGGUGGCGAGACRGCCUGCAAGUUGGCUCGAAAGUGGGGCUAUACGGUCAAAGGUAUUCCAGACAACCAAGCAAAGAUAGUUUUCGCCGAGGGGAACUUUUGGGGKAGGACAUUAGCGGCAUGUUCAUCGUCUACUGACCCUGAUUGUUAUGCUGGGUUUGGACCUUACAUGCCUGGAAUGGAGCUUAUUCCUUACAAUGACUUGGAUGCUUUGGAGAAAUCAAUAAGUGACCCYAAUACCUGUGCAUUCAUGGUUGAACCAAUCCAGGGGGAGGCUGGUGUAAAUGUACCUGAUGAAGGAUAUCUUAAAGGUGUACGAGAACUCUGCACUAAGUACAACGUCUUGUUYAUUGCUGAUGAAGUUCAAACUGGUCUUGGGAGAACAGGGAAACUGCUUUGUGUAGAUCAUGACAAUGUCAGACCUGAUCUAGUGAUUCUUGGGAAAGCUUUGUCUGGUGGAGUUUACCCUGUAUCAGCUGUUCUUGCUGAUGAUGAAGUUAUGUUGUCAAUCAAGCCUGGCCAGCAUGGAUCAACCUAUGGUGGGAACCCUAUUGCUGCAAAAGUAGGAAUGGCUUCACUCACGGUCAUAGAAGAAGAAAAGCUUUGUGAUCGUUCAGCAGAGUUGGGUAAAGUAUUCCUUGCUGAGAUGAAGAAACUUAACCCUGCUGUUGUUGAAAAGGCMCGAGGAAAAGGACUUAUGAAUGCUAUCAUCAUCAAACCAACUGACAAAUUUGAUGCUUGGAGGGUUUGUCUUAAACUUCGUGACAAUGGUCUUCUAGCUAAACCAACYCAUGACCACAUCAUUAGAUUCACACCACCGCUGGUUAUCACAGAAGAACAGCUUCAAGAAAGUAUUCACAUUAUCACAAAUACCAUUGAUUCAUUUGUUUAAUGCUGUUAUUAUAGAAAAGGAGUAGUUAAAUGUCUUACCUACAUGUAGAAGAGGAUCUCAAAAAGGACAAUAGUUUGAAUGUAUAUAAAAAUUACAASUGGCAACUGCAAUAAUUUUAGUUAUUCUCUGGUGUGGUAGAAGCCUUGCUGAGAUCCUCUUGUGCAUAGYAAGGUGAAUUUUCAUCAAUUCAAAACAAGUUUGUUUAAGAAUAGUUUAUAUUUAUAAUAAUAUCCUUUAUGUCACUAUAUUUAUCUUAUAAAUGUAAGAAGUAAUUUUGGUAAAAUGACAGUUCUGAACUGGUCAUUUAAUUGAAAUUCAGCACAUAUAACCUAAAUUUAUUCCAGCAGUAUUUUCAUAAGAUUGAUCAAUGUCUUUAUUCUCCCCAUAUCAAAAUGAUCUGUUUAAUUGGGGAGAAUUUAGUUGUUGAUCUGAUCACCAAAUAGUUUUAAUUCAUUGUUGGUAUAUCUUCAUGAUGAUGAAUAAUGCAUAAGACAACAUAAAAUAGCAUCAAUAAUAAUCAUUAGUGUUGGCAACAAUAACAAUAACGGUACAGUCAUAUGUAUAGUGAUAUCCAUCCAUAGUAUAUUGCACCAAAACCUUACCAUGUUCAUUAAAACUACAGCAUUUUCAAUAGUACAUAAAUGCAAACACACUACCAGAACAUUAAUAACUGACGAGAACAAAGACAUUAAACAAAAUCUGCUUUUACAUGUAAAGAURUGAAAGUAACUGAGAAACGUAUUCAACAAAUAACAAACUAUAAGGAUCCAAGCCGCUAUAAUCAUAUGGGAAAAACAUGCUUCAAUAACAACAAUUGGAGUCRAAUAUAAACAUGACAAUGACUGACAAAUAASAGACAUGGGAUACAACCACRGAUACCACCGAGGAUUUUUAUUUUUGACUAAAGCCGUUUUGGUUUUGUCAGAAAAAAAGACGAGAACGAUGAAACUAUGACUUUCACUUCAGAUGACUGAAAUAAACAAGGACAUUGAUCACAAUAAUGAAACAAGACACAAGAAGAUCCAAUCGAGAGCAAGCAAGCAAGCAUCAACUUACCUGGUAAUCCAUUCAAAUGCAAACAGUAGUAAGACAUUGGGGCAUCCAUUCCACUGACAAGAGGAAAACCAAUAUACAACUAAAGACACUAAGAAAAAAACAUAUAUACUCAAGAAGCCAUACAAGAGAAGCCAUUUCAAGUGUAAGCAUUGUAGUAGGAAGUCCUCCCAUCAAGGACUAUGUGCAACAGUCCGUUAACAAGCUGAGAUAAACCAUGAUCAUGGAGGUCCUUCCAUGGGGUACAGUGCAGUAAUACAAAACAAUAUUCACAACUCAAAUGCAUUCAAUAAAUAGAUCCAAGUGCAAUAUAACAAAACAUAGUUAAAAAAAGGAAUAAAAAAAAAGGAAACAGUAGCAACAUUCAACCACAGCAGCAACAUUGCAACAACAACAACAGCAACAACAAUAUAUUCAAGGCUUAACGUUAGUCUUGGGUGAUAAUGAUGAUGAUUGAUGAUGAUGAUGAAUUCACACCUGGUUUGACGCAAUCUCUUUGCCUCGCCAUAGUUGUGAACAAGAGACUUAGUGCCAAGACACAAAACUUAGACACAAACUUAGACACUCAGAGAAUUUCACACCUUGUUUGAGUCUUUGCAGAAUCAGUAUGGAAAAGACAACAGUUUAUGACAGACCAUUUACUUUUGCAUCAUUGUGACACCUUAUGAUUUAAAUAUUGACAUGUAGUAACGACAUGUAGUAACAACAAGACCCGAAUUUACUCAAAGUAACAAAUUCAAGAGAUUUUUGACAACAACAACAGAUAAAACAAAAGCAACAACAACUAUCAAGUUAAGGUUUUCAUACAAAGACUUGCUUGAUGGAGAAGAGGAAGAAGAGGAAGAAAAAAUCAAGUUUGCACAUGGUUUGAAGUACUUGCUGCCUCGCCAUGGCUGCAGACAACCACAGGAGAGAGAAAAGCACAAAAAACAACUAAUUAUUGUAAUACAAGCAAACAUUACUAAARCAAGAAGCAAAACUUGUGUAGACAUUGACAGCGACAAGGAAGAURRUGAURACAGAURAAGAAGARUCCAAAAGGGAACACAUUUGGAUUGAAUUAUUUUGUUUUUAACUUUUUGUCACAAUUAGCAMCCCAACAGCACCAAAGAACCACAACAAUAAAUUGUUUUUUACGGCAACACAUACCUUAAAUAAUGAUAGCAAAACAGACAAGAAGAGAUGAUGACUAAGAAGAAAUUUAUGAAAUCACAUUUGCUUUGAAGAAACUUUCUUCAUCAAAUAUGAAAUGACUUUAUCACAAUUGGCACAACAACAAAACAGCAAACUUGCAAAAAGAUAUAUACUGGAAAUGGUUAAUGUUAUAUUGUACUUGAAAGCUCUGAACAUUGAUUGUACCUCUUGCCUUGAUGCUUACACAACAAUUCCUGCACAUUAACCUUCAUUAUCAACAAAGAAWACCAUUCCAAAUUAGUCCAUUACUAGUAGUACAUGCUUCAUGACUAAACAACUACAAUAGCAGAAUCUAUUCAAGCACAAACACUGUGAAAUAUUGAGCCUUCAUUUCAUUUUGAAAAUUGAAGCCAAUCAAGUAAUGUCCAAAGAGUCGCACUUGGCUUGAAGUAAGCAUUGCCUCGCCAUUGAUGUGAACAACACUGGGUGUCUGGAAAGACACAACAAUGACUUAUACAACAACUGGAAUUGAGCUGAUCUGGAAGUUAGUUAUAACAAGAGCAUCGUGUAACAACAUGAAAAAUAAUGACAAUGAUAUAACAUCACAGUAAAGAAGAUCAAUACAAAACUAAGUAGAUACAACUUUACCAGCAAUAAAAGGAGCAACAAAAGCAAUAGUAUUCAUAUUUAGGCUUUCUAUGAUGCCUUCAUAAUGAUGCAUUUACACAUGGUUUGGUGUAAAGUCUUGCCUCGACAUAGAUGUGAGAACAACUGUGUGUCUAUUGACACAGCAACAAGGACAAUGACAAUGAAAUACUGACUAUAGGCUAUGUAGAAGAUGGCUACAACAGCAGCAACACAACAGCAGCAGCAACAACAAUGGCAUUUAUACUUAGGCUUAACAGUAGCCUUUUAUGAUGCCUUCAUGAUGAUGAUGAAGAAGAAGAUGAAAAAUUCACACUUGGUUUGACGUAACCCAUUGCCUCGCCAUAGAUGUGAACAAAACUGUGUGUCUAUUGGCACAACAACAACCAUAACAGCAACAACAAUGGCAAAAUUAUACAUGUAUACAGUCCUUUAGGCACCUUAAGUGAUUUACAUCAAGAGCAACCAUUAAAACAAAAUCCAAAAAACCUUCAGUAGCAGCAACACAGCAACAUUUAUAGCAGCAGCAACAACAAUAGCAUACAUAUUUGGGUUAAAGGUGCUUUUCAAAUGAUGACAAUAUUCAUAAAUCAACACUGGACUUGCAACUAGUUUACCAAAAGUGUCAGCGAGACUGUGCCUAUUGCCAUGACAACAAAAUAAAAAGCAGAGACUCAACAAAUCUCCCUAUAUCUAAAUACAUUAACAUGCAAUCACUUGUUACCAGCAAUGGAACAAGAAAAGCUAUUUACUAUGAAUAGCACACAAGGAAGAAGAAGAAACAAAAGAGCCAAUCUGGGGUUUGACGUAGGAAGUGCCUCCCCUUUGAUUGGACCAAAUUACUGCAGCCACAUUGCAAUUUGACAUCAAAUGACUCUUGUCACCAGCAAUGGGACAAGUAUUACAAAGCUAUUUGUAUAGCAGAAGAAGAAGAAACAAGAAGAAGAAAGAUCCAAUUUUGGUUUGACGUAUUAAGUACCUCGCCUUCAAUUGGUCAAAUUUACACAAAAACAAACUACGACAAUGACAUUGACUAACUUAUUAGACUGGGGUCAUUAAACCUGUGAAACAAAUUUGUCUGUGUGAUAGUCAAAUAGACACAAAGAAAACAAUGCAAUAGAAGCAUACUAUGGUUUAGUAAUGUAAUUUCUGUUUCACAGGUUUUUUUGACUUCACUCUAACAAAUUGUAUUUAUCAUAUAAUCCCAGUGCAUUUGAUACAUGUGGCAAUAGCUAUACUUAAGUUAGAGUGGCUUYAAACAAGUUAAUAGUGUUUAAUGGUCACACCUAAAGGUUUACAACCAAUCUUUGCUUAUCGCACUAGAUAUUAAGUAUUGCAAUGAAGUGUCAUUGUAGACACAUUUUAUUUUUCAAUGCAGGUAUACCAACAAUGAAAAGCAAUUUGGAAGAGAAAAAACAAAAUUAUAUUUUGUUAGAUAUUUGAAAAUAGAAUUAGCACAGUUAAUCCGUGAAAUGAAAUAGUAUGCUUUGUUAUGUUAAUUCCUUUGUUGUUUUUUUAUUGUCUACUCAACACUCAGUGGUCAUUAAUACUGAAAUAUCUGUUUCACGGAUUUAUUGUGUGAACUCUAGAUUUGUCUGUGUUAUACACACUUACAUGUUAUAGUCUCAGCAGACUCGAUAGUUUCAAGUUAGGCAAUAAUUACCAUAAGUUCGACAUUUGAAUAAAGCCUUAGACUGUUUGAUUCUAAACCAAGGUGUAAAAACUUAUGGAAUUUUAUCAGUCUAAGGUUGCUGUGAUUUUUAUUUUAUAGAGUUUGUUUUAACAUAAAAUAUUAUUGAUAGUAUAUUAGUUUGAAUAAAUGAAUCAGUGGCAGUUGUGAUGCCAGAUGUAAGAUUAUAUAAGACAUUA